GACUUCACACAACCGCAAUAAGCAAUCAUGGCGGCCGCCGUCGACAGUGUUGUGAAAGUGCUGGGAGAGCAGUAUUACAGAGAUGCCAUGGAGCAGUGUCACAGUUACAACGCUCGCCUGUGUGCUGAGCGCAGCAUCCUCAUGCCUUUCCUGGACUCUCAGACUGGGGUCGCCCAGUCCAACUGUUACAUCUGGAUGGAGAAGAGACACCGGAGCGCAGGUGUAGCUCCGGGGCAGUUGUACACCUACCCAGCCCGUCGCUGGAGGAAGAAACGGCGUUCUCAUCCCCCUGAGGACCCUCGCUUGGCUUUCCCUCCUCUCAAAACGGCAGAAUUGGAACUGGGUUUGAAGCGUGACACGUUGGGCGCUGUGGAUGGCAGCAGCUUGGAGGCCCUGCUGAAAGGAGAGCCCCUCGACAGGAGGAGUGGAGUGGCAGACGCCCGCGCCCCGGAGGAUGACCAAGCCACCGUGGAGCCUCCUGCCACGUCCACGGCCACUCACACGUCCUCCGGGCGCAUCCGCAAGAGAGUCCUGGAUCACGAUGACUACCUAGAUGACCUGGACGAUGAUGACUUUGAGGAUGAGACUCCCAAGAGAAGAGGGAAGAGCAAGUCCAAGAGUCGCAGUGACAAGAAUGGUAAGAAGAAAAUGGAGGCUGCAGCCGCGGCGCUGGAGGAAAGAGACAAACCUUAUGCCUGCGACAUCUGUGGGAAGCGCUACAAGAACCGUCCUGGCCUGAGCUACCACUAUACACACUCUCACCUGGCAGAGGAGGAGGGCGAGGACCGCGAGGAGAUCGAGGAACCACCCACUCCUCGCCAGCAUGUGGAGCAGAAGACUACCAAGAAGGGUCCCAAUGGACUGGCGCUGCCCAACGAUUACUGUGAUUUCUGUCUGGGCGACUCCACCAUGAACCAGAAGACUGGCCAAUCAGAAGGGCUGGUAUCCUGCUCAGACUGUGGACGCUCAGGCCACCCGACAUGCCUGCAGUUCACACCCGUGAUGAUGGCGGCGGUGAAGACGUACCGCUGGCAGUGCAUCGAGUGCAAGUGCUGCAAUGUUUGCGGCACCUCAGAGAACGACGACCAGCUGCUGUUCUGUGAUGACUGUGACCGAGGCUACCACAUGUACUGUUUAAGUCCCCCCAUGAAUGAACCUCCUGAGGGGAGCUGGAGCUGCCACCUGUGUCUGGCUCUGCUGAAGGACAAGGCCUCCAUAUACCAGCAGAACCAGGGCUCCGCCCCCGAGUGACGUCACAUCAGUAAGUCGGACCCCCUCAGCAACGGGACCCCACACCCCCCGGUUGAAAAACAUCCGACCUCCCAGUCCGGAGCUGCAGGCUCUGUCCAGAUGUAGCUGAGUCAGAUCGCAGAUCAGAAGCCUUCAUAUCUACAGCAUAACGGGGAGAAAUGCAAAACCAAAACAGACCUCAGAUCAGUUAAGAUGGGGAUCAAACCGCCACUAACCUGCCUACAAAGUCCCUGCGGCUUGCCGUCAAACACACACACACACAAACAGACACACACAAACGCAGACACACACACACACACACAAGACACAGAGAGCAUGAAGUAACCAUAGUAACUGCUGUCUCCAUGGGAGCUCCCAGGAGCAGCGGAUCGGCAUCACAAUGAUCUGCACCCCCCCACUCAGAGACGCAGUGUGGACUGUCAACACAACGGUUUUUUUUCUGCCAAAAUUAUCUAUUUUUAUUCCCAGAAUGUGGGAAAAAGACCAAUUCACCAUGUGUAUUGUCCAAGAAUAUUAUUAUUACUAUUGUCAUUAUUAUUAUUGUUCUUGUUGUAGUGGACUUUUGUCUGAUCCAUCACAUCGGUUAUCUUUUGAAGAGGUUUCCCUGAGGGGAUCCGCUCAGUGCCAAGGUCCUUCAUCAUAUGAAAAUACACACGUCACACAGAAACUCGUCACUAUCACCUAAACCCUUGUGUUUCAUUUUAAUUCAGCAGGACAAAGACAAUGACUUUGACUUGUUAAAGCUCUUAGCACAAAAGCUCGGGCCUCGCUACUUUAGGGUUUGCUGCGAAACCAACUGUUCACUGCUGAUUCUGUUACUGGGUCUAUGAGUUAGUUUAACCGAACGCUAUAGAGCUGAGCAUGUAAUGUAGGUGAGCCUCAUUAGAUACAACACAUCUUACUAUAAUGUCAUUUCUCAAACUUUUCUCUCCAUCAGACAAAAGCUAAACUUCUCUUGUUUGGAAUAACCCGAGUCAGAUACUGAUAGCAGCUCCAUGUUUAAAGCCAACACACAAGACUCGUGACCAUGAAGGUGCAUCCGUUUCUCAAAGAUGUUUUUGUGGUAGCCAUCUAGAAAAAACGUUCGACAGUGACAUCGUCCUUCACCAGUGAUUGUAGUGACAUCUGCUGUCAGAGCGAGGACACUCAAAACCAUUAAUCAACUGUAGCUGCUUUUAUCAUUUGUCACACUGAGGCAGAUUUGCAUGCAGACUGCACCUGUACGAAUGCGCACACACUCACAUCACAAGUGGUUUUUUGUCAUAUUGUUUGUAACUUUUUUUUUAAACAUUUUAUAUUACCUGAUAAUCCAUUGGUAUUGGGAGUUUUUCUAGUAGAAUUUUGUAAAGUCUAUCGUAUAGCAAACACUUCAAGUAUAUAGCUCCUAAUGCAUUCUAUGUACUGUAUUGACUUUUUAUAUUUUUGUUAUGACUGUGACAUGUUUGAAUUUAUUUGAUUAUUCUGAAAUGUCAGACCUCCAUUAUGAGUAUUUGUAAAAUUAUGUACUUUGUUGUACUAUUUUUAUUUUUACAUUUUUUUGGUAUGAAAGCCAAUUUAGCCUGACUGAAAUAAAGAUCACUUUGAA